GCAACAAGUAUACCUGCUACUCAUUCUGCUGCAAACUACUGUUUCUAAUAACUAUAUGAAAUCAAGAGGGAUUCAUCAUCCUCAAGAUGAAAGUUUUUGUGUUUAGAGUUUUGAUUUUUGGAUUUCUGGUCUCGCACGUGUCCACAUAUAGCAAUGGACUGGUCUAUAAAGCAUGUGACACAAUGAUGCCACAACAUGGCGUCUCUGCACAGACAACAGAGCCACCAUACAGUGUGUUUGCUUCUAGCCACACAUACAGACCUGCAGAAGAAAUCACAGUCACUCUGCAGGCAAGUCCUGAAACAUAUUUCGAAGGGUUUCUCCUGCAAGCACGCAGUAUACCAGAAAAUGAAAUUGUUGGCCAUUUCAUUGUGACAGACCCUAAAUCAAAAAAUCUCACUUGUGCUGAGAAUGUGGAUUCCACUGUUACCCACACAGAUUCAAGCAAAAAAACCAACAUUUCAGCUCUGUGGGUGGCACCAGCGUCCAUCAGCAGUGUAAUAAUUAAAGCAACAUUUCUUCAAUCAAAGAGUAUAUUCUGGGUGGGUGUUGAAGGUCCUGAGCUCACUGUUUCCAACCCUAACUCCAACACAACAAGCAGCCCAAUUGUGCCGUCUACUGCUGCUUCCAACACAACAAGCAGCCCAAUUGUGCCGUCUACUGCUGCUUCCAACACAACAAACAGCCCCAUUGUGCCGUCUACUGCUGCUUCCAACACAACAAGCAGCCCCAUUGUGCCGUCUACUGCUGCUUCCAACACAACAAACAGCCCCAUUGUGCCGUCUACUGCUGUUUCCAACACAACAAGUACCAGUAGUUCAACACCUCCAAGCUCUCUUUCGUCCAGCCAUCCUCCUCCUCCUACUUACAUUUCCAGUGAGACUUGCGGUACACAGAAGAUUUGCCUCAGCAGUCCUUCUGACUGUGACCCCUCCAAAAGUAGUAACUGCUUCUUUAUGUCCUCUGCUAUGACUGAUGACGGUGCAUAUAAUUUCGAGAUAAGUGGCCUUUCUGGAGGAUAUGUGUCAAUUGGCUUUUCAGAUGACCAGCUCAUGGGAGAAGAUGACGUAUACAUCUGUGUGAUAAAUUCAAAUGGGCAAGUAGAAAUCCAGCAUACCUACACUGAAGGAAGGAAAACACCUCUCAGUUUACCUUUGGGUAAUGUAAAUGUCAGCAUGACAUCAUUCACCAGCGGCGUGAUACAAUGUUCUUUCACUUCAAGAAAUCAGAUCUCAACGCAACUUCCUGCCCGCCAAGACCGAUCUAGUAACAGUUCUGAUACGUACUACAUAUUAUUUGCUUAUGGAUCUGCUGAAAACGGAAAAAUCAGAUUUCAUGGGCCAGGUGUAUUCUCCAGUGACACCAAAGUUAAUCUCUCUGUUGCUUCCAAUGUGACUCAAAAAGAGCACAGCAACCACAUAAUGGUAAAGACGCACGGGGCCCUCAUGCUUAUUGCCUGGAUGACUACAGGAAGUUUAGGGAUGAUUAUUGCUCGAUAUUUCAAAACUGCUGCCAAGAGACCAAUUUUGGGCAAAGCACUUUGGUUCCAGGCUCACCUAGUGUUCAUGGUUUUGACAGUGGCUGCAACAAUAGUGGCAUUUGUAUUAUCAUUUGUAGAAGCUAAAGGAUGGGCGAAAGAUGCCAGCACUCAUGCUAUUCUUGGGUGCAUUGUGAUGAUUCUGGCCUUUUUCCAACCCAUAAUUGCCUUUUUUCGACCUUCACCAGAGAGUAACCAGAGAUACAUUUUUUAUUGGUUUCAUGUAGCCAAUGCCCUGGUGAUGAAAGUCUUGGCAGUGGCAAAUCUUUUCCUGGGCUUUCAGUUCAUCGAUUAUAGACUCGGAUGGCUGGUUAAAGUCAUGGGAGGCUUUGUUGGCUGGGGAGCUUUAACCGUCAUUUGCUUUGAGAGCAAUGCUUAUCUAGCCAGGAAAGAAAUGAAUAAAUUUGCAGACAAGGAAAGCAAAGAAGCCUCGGUGAAAUCGGAGGUUUAUCUGCUAAUUAUCUACCUGUGUGGGAACCUGGCAUUCCUGAUUACAUUGCUUGUGGGAAUUGGACAGUCAUAGGAGAGAUAAUAAUCAGAUUGAGCACAUGAAGGACCAAUGCACAUUUCACAAUUACUGUAUAUGCUUUGUAUCGAGAGGCCUGAAGAGGAAAUAAUAUGGUGGUACUUUCCAUUAUUAGUUCUUAUCAAUCAUGCACAAGUUCAGUGGACUAAAUAUUCCUAACUUUAGCAAAAACUUCAAACAUCUGCUCACA